UACGAUUAUGAAAAUCCAACGAACGACUCUGACCUUGUAACAAGCGGCAAGUCUAGCAUCCAACGUGUAGUAUUUGGAAAAAUGCCACCAAAUGACACGCUAUACUUAGAAAGCACAACCAAAAUCCAGAAAGAGGACAUAACCCGCUCUUUUAUAGACUUUCAAAUAUGGGACUUUCCUGGGCAGUUAGACUUCCUCGAGGAAACGGCCUUAGACCCUCAGGAUAUAUUUUCUAAAGUAGGCGCCCUCAUAUUUGUAAUUGAUGCUCAGGAUGAUUACAACGAAGCAAUGCAUCGCUUAUUUACUACUGUCACCACCGCAUAUCGUGUAAACUCCAAUAUCAGCUUCGAAGUGUUAAUUCAUAAAGUGGACGGUUUGUCAGACGAUUAUAAAAUAGAUACUCAACGUGAUGUACAACAGAGGAUGAGUGAUGCUUUAGCUGAUGCACAAUUAGAAUAUAUCCACUUAACAUAUUAUCUGACAAGUAUUUACGAUAACUCGAUCUAUGAAGCCUUCAGUAAAAUUGUUCAAAAGCUGAUUCGCGAACUACCGACUCUAGAAAAUCUCUUGAAUGUUUUAUGCUCGAACUCUAGCAUUGAUAAAGCAUACUUGUUUGACACGUUGACAAAAAUCUAUAUCGCAACGGAUAGUUCACCUGUAGAUAUUCAAUCCUACGAGCUGUGCUCCGACAUGAUUGAUGUGUGUAUAGAUGUUGAAUGUAUCUAUGGCAACGUUCAAGGGAGCAGUCCAAAUGUCCUUUCAAUAUCAGAUAUAAAUGAACCGAAAAACGAUGAUUUUUUAACGGAUAGCUUAGUUGAACAGUCAUUACAAAAGGGGCAGCAGCAACAACAUGCAACAGAUGGCUCAGAUGCUGAGGCAUCAAGUCUUAUCAAAUUGGAUAACGGUGAUGUUCUCUAUAUGAGAGAAGUGAAUAGGUAA